UUCCAUUGAAAGACAUUAACGACGUCGUAAAGCUUGUAUCAGAGAAGAUUGAUUCAGUUACUAGAUUAGUCAUCCUUGACCACAUUCCCAGUAACUAUGGUGUUGUACUGCCAGUAAAAGAGAUAGUAAAAGUCUGCCACAGAAGUGGUGUGCAGGUGCUGGUUGAUGGAGCUCAUGCUCUGGGAAUGUUAGACAUUAACAUGAGGGAUAUUUCUGCUGACUAUUACAUUGGUAAUGCUCAUAAGUGGUUCUGCAAUCCAAAAGGGUGUGGCUUCUUGUAUGUUGACUCCGCCCACCACUCAUUGAUAAGACCAUUAGUGGUAUCACACGGGUUUGGAUCAGGUUUUACAGCUGAGUUCCUCUGGUCAGGUUUAAUGGACUAUACUUCUUAUUUAUCAUUAUUAACAGUUAUUCAGUUCUGGAGACAUUACAAUCCACAAAAGAUCAGACACUACAUCAGGAGUCUGUCAAGAGAGGCAGGUGAAUACCUUGUCUCUCAAUGGGGGACUGGGCUAUUGUCAAACAUUGAUCACUUCUGUGGACUGAUGUUAGUACAAUUACCAGCUGGUGUUUUGAAAAAAGAUGACGCCAUUAGCUAUGAUGAUGCUGAACUGAUUCAAAACGAGUUACACCACAAGUACAAGAUUGAAAUUCCAAUAAAGGUGAUUCAAGGUGUUCUUUAUGUUAGGGUCUCAGUUCAUGUUUAUAACGAUAUUAAUGAUAUCAAAGAAUUAGCAGCUGCUGUUAAUGAAAUAAUAACAAAUGGAGGAGUAUGUAAACAAAAACAACAACAAUAAUAAUAAUCAAUUAAUAAUUAAUUAAUAACUAAGAGAAUGUUACUAAUAAUAGCCAAACGUUAUUUAUUACCUG